AUGGUAAUAGAUGAUGUUCACUGGGGCUCUUCAGAGGGAGACUGGUGCUUAGGGGCGUGGCCGGGGCAUUGCCGGGCCGCUCCUGCGCAGUGCGGCGGGUGGCGGAACGGAGUGGGGCAGAGCGAAGCAGAGCAGCGGGGCGGCCGGAGCUCUUCAUGCCGCGGGGCCGGGCGGCCGCCUACCUGCUGCUUGCGGGGCUGGGGCUUCGCCAUGAUCCCCUACUUCUCCGACAACGCCGUCAUCUCGCAGGGAACCAUCGCUCAGCUCAUCAGCGAGAGCUUCCUCACUGUGAAAGGAGCAGCACUCUUCCUGCCACGAGGGAAUGGCUCAUCCACCCCCAGGGUCAGCCACCGGCGCAACAAGCACGCAGGGGAUCUCCAGCAGCACCUGCAGGCCAUGUUCAUACUGCUCCGCCCAGAAGACAACAUCAGACUGGCUGUAAGACUGGAAAGCACAUACCAGAACCGCACCAGAUACAUGGUGGUUGUAUCCACCAAUGGCAGACAGGACACGGAGGAGAGCAUCGUCCUGGGAAUGGAUUUCUCUUCUAAUGACAGUAGCACUUGUACGAUGGGUUUGGUGCUGCCACUGUGGAGUGACACCUUGAUCCAUCUGGACGGGGACGGCGGGUUCAGUGUAUCCACGGAUAACAGGGUGCACAUAUUCAAGCCGGUGUCUGUGCAGGCGAUGUGGUCUGCUCUGCAGAGUUUACAUAAGGCGUGUGAGGUGGCACGAAGCAACAAUUACUACCCAGGGAGCCUCUUCCUCACGUGGGUCAGUUACUAUGAGAGCCACAUCAACUCUGACCAGUCCUCGGUCAAUGAGUGGAAUGCUAUGCAAGAUGUGCAGUCCCACCGGCCCGACUCGCCUGCCCUCUUCACAGACGUCCCAACCGAGCGGGAGCGCACAGAACGACUCAUAAAGACCAAGCUAAGGGAGAUCAUGAUGCAGAAAGAUCUGGAGAACAUCACAUCAAAAGAGAUACGCACGGAGCUGGAGAUGCAGAUGGUGUGCAACCUGCGGGAGUUCAAAGAGUUCAUUGACAAUGAAAUGAUAGUGAUCCUGGGGCAGAUGGACAGCCCCACUCAGAUAUUUGAUCAUGUCUUUUUGGGCUCUGAAUGGAAUGCCUCCAAUCUGGAAGACUUGCAGAACAGAGGGGUGCGGUACAUUUUGAAUGUGACUCGAGAAAUAGAUAACUUCUUCCCUGGCCUUUUUGAGUACCAUAAUAUUCGGGUGUAUGAUGAAGAAGCAACAGAUCUUCUGGCUUACUGGAAUGAUACCUACAAAUUCAUCUCCAAGGCAAAGAAAAAUGGUUCCAAGUGUCUGGUGCACUGCAAGAUGGGGGUGAGCCGCUCAGCCUCCACAGUCAUCGCCUACGCCAUGAAGGAGUACGGCUGGAACCUGGACAGGGCGUACGACUACGUGAAGGAACGGCGCACGGUCACCAAGCCCAACCCCAGCUUUAUGAGGCAGCUGGAGGAAUACCAGGGGAUCCUGCUGGCAAGCAAGCAGCGGCACAACAAGCUGUGGCGUUCACACUCUGACAGUGACCUCUCUGACCACCAUGAGCCCAUCUGCAAAUCAGGGCUGGAACUGAACAAGAAGGAGAUCACUACCUCGGCCGACCAGAUCUCUGAGGCCAAGAGCAACGACAACCAGCAGCCCAUGUCUCCCAUCUACCCUGCUGAGCUGGACCGGGAGCAGCUCGCAGAGGAUGCAAAUGUGAUUGAGGAGAGCUGUGUGAAAGAGAGGAGGGUCCACCUGGAGUUCACGUGUAGAGAUUUCCACGUGGAGCAGGUGGAGGACAAGCUGAACCUGAACAACAUCAAUGGCUGUACGGCAGGGUGCUGCGUGGAUUCUGUCCCCCCCGAUAACUGCCACGCUUCCGAGGCCUUAAUGCAACUCCAGCACCCCUUGGAAAUAGCAGAAUUUCCUGAUUUGACUGUAGAUGAUCUGGAAAAAGAUGCCCUUAAACCUGAUAUGAACGUGCACUUGGUUCCCAUGGAAGAAUUCACUUUGUGCUUAAAAGACUCUUUCCAGUCCCCAAACCAAAACGCGCCGAGUCCUCAGCAGAACGCCCAGCCUGAAGGGACAGACCUCAGUGCAGACAGGAUUGACUUCUUCAGUGCUUUGGAGAAAUUCGUGGAGCUGUCUCAGGAGAGCAGGUCACGCAGCUGCUCCCACUCCCGGCCGGAGGAGCAAGGUGCUGGGAGGAAUGGGGCAGCCAGGCUGCCUGUGCUGGAGGUGCUGCCUGCUGCAGACGUGGGUGCAGAUGCCCAAAGGAACAGCUCUGGAAACUCCCCUCAGGCAUCAGAUGACUCUUCCACAGAUGAAGAGCAACAAAAGGAGGUCCCUGAGCUGCCUGGCGCCGACCAUCUCACACGGUCCCACUCAGAAAAUGCCAUUUCGGUGAAGGAAAUCAUCACAGAGAUCGAGUCCAUCAAGCAGGGAGCAGGGCCUGCUCAGCAGAAGGAGGGUUCAGCCAACCUCACCUUGACACCAAAGAGGAACACAGUGCACGACCUGCCUGUGGAGGCGAUUUGGGCAUCGGAAAGAGCGGAUCAGAGCGAAGGACACCAGGAAAAGGAGAAAGACCCUCUGCAAGCUGAGCAAGAAACUGCUCCCUCACCGCAGCUCUCCUCCUGUAAGUCAGAGCUGGAGGAGGGUGAGCAGCACAGCGUCCACCCUGAGCCCAAGUGGUGCCCCGGCUCCGUCCGCAGAGCCACGUUGGAGUUUGAGGAGCGCUUGAGGCAGGAGCAAGAGCACCAGCACGUGUCCCCAGUCUGCAUCCUACUGACCCGCAAGAACUCCAGGAACGACUCUGCUGCUGCUGAGCUGCUGCCACGGGGGAGGACGGAGGAGCUGCCCCUGGAGUUGGCUCCAGAGGGUGAUGCGGUGCAGGGCUCCGAGGAGCUGCUGUCAUUGGGGUCAGAGCAGCCUGCAGGCAGGCAGCUGCCCACACCCCUCACGCACCCCACAGAGCCCAGCCCAGGGCAGGAGGAGCACAGGGUGGUGGUCUCGUUUGAUGGCACGGAGGAGCCGGCCCUGCCUUCCCUCCUUCCCAAGAGAAUCGAAAUCAUUGAGUUCACUCCUAUGGUCAGGGCUGCCGAGGGCCCCGUUGCAGGCAAUGAGCAGCCCGCAGCCCUCCCUCUGCUGGAUGAAAACUUGAACCCGUCCCUGUGCUCCGAGAAGGCAGCGGCCUCUCUCAGAGCUCUGGUACACCCGCCACUGCCAGAGCACGUGGUGCAGCAGCAGCAAGCUGCCUGCACCCUGCUCAGCCCCAGCGAGGAAGGCCUUGCCUUGUCCUUUCCCCUCGGUGCUGUCCCCUCUGCUCAGCCCUCCUGCACGCCCUCAGCCAGCCCCGACCGCUCCGCGUUCCCCUGUGUGAUCCACCUGGAAGGCGUCACCGAGCAGAGCACGAGCACGGACGAUGAGCCGACCACGCUGUGCGGCACUGCGGGAGCCGGGAGCCUCCCAUUCAGGGACAGCAGCCAGGCUCCAUGCCAAGGUGGUGCUGGCUCCUCAACCAGCCUGCACGCCGCAAAUGUGGACCUUCUGGACAUCUCUCUGUGCUGCAGCCUGUCCCACAGCUCCAGCAGUCGCAGCGUGGGGGAGCGCAGCAGCAGCCCCGGGCUGGUCAAGCAGCGAGCGAAGGAAAUAGAGGCACGGAUCCGGCACGCAGGGCUCACCACCCCCUCCCAGAUGAAGCGCUCGGCAUCCUUGGCCAAACUGGACUGCCUGGAGCUCUCCAAGGACGACUUGUCGGAGAGGGAGGCAGCCUCCCGCUGCACCAGCCCCGUCCUCCUCGCCUGCGUGGCCCUGGGUGCAGGCUUUCACGGGGCGAGGUCAGAGCAGAGCUUGGAGAGCCCAUGUGGGAAAUGCCACCCGUUCUCCCCAGCCACCCUCCAGGAUCCCAAACCUGCUCAGCAUUUUGUAGAGCAGCUCAGAACAGCCGAGUGCAUUGCGCAGAGCAGGCCGGUGGAGCGCCCGCUGGCUCAGUACGCCAAAGAGUGCGGCUCCAGCCAGCACAGCUCGGCUCCCAGCGCCGGUCCCACAUGGACUGCCCCCCAGGAGGGACCCUCUGUGUUGGCAGCACCCCGACAGCAGCACGGUAGAACUCACCCGUUGAGGAGACUCAAAAAGAGCAGUGACAGAAAGCGGACAAGCAAUGCCCUCUAUAACACCAUGUGAUUGUGAGCGCUCCGCGGUUCCAGCCGGGGAGCUGCGCCGUGAUCACACGAGGGGCAGGUGUAAUAUAAGGAACAUGCACUUUAUUGGUUAAUUUUAUAUAUAUAUAUUGUCAUUUUACCGUUCCUGGCGCAUGUAGGUGUGGGUUGGUUCUUCUGUGUGUGACUCUGACUGCAGGACUGUUGGUUGGUUUUUGUUUUUUAUGGUUUUUUUUUUUUUUUUAUUGAACUCGGAUAACCUCAGAUGUUCUUUUUGUUGUUGGUUUGUUUUAAAAGAACACCUCUCCCUGUUGAAAACGGAUGCUGGCUCACUGCAGCGGGGCAGAGGUUUGCUCAAAACCAGCUCCUAGAUCCUCACUUGAAUCAGCCCCGUGCCUCAAGACGGUGCUGGGCGUUGGGGCGAGAGCCCACCCAACUGUGAAGGCUGUGCCAAGUCCCCUUUGUUCGCUUUGUGCUGCAGGCUGGAGCUGGAUGGUGCUGGCAGGUCCUUGAUGGAGCUCAGUUCUGCCCGUGUGCCCAGGGGUGGGCUCGGGGAUCCUCAGCUCUGCCCCCACCUCCUCCCCCAGCCGAGAGCCCACGACCCCGGAGUGUUCUUCUAAAACAAACACCUCAAUAGGGCAGGAGCCCUCCCGUUACUUGAAUUCUGCUGUGGGCCUUCCACGUUCAUGGCCAUAUCGUGUCCUCUGCUGCCUCCCUGCACCCCAGAGCUGCCCCACAUCCCCUCUGCAUCCCAGUGGCCCUUGUAGUUGUUACACGUUUUGUUCUCACACUGAAUGCAAAGCUUUGUCCUCUGCUGCCACUCCUGUACUCAGCCCCGAGGGAGGAUCUUUCCUGGAAGUUCUUGUUUUUUUGCUAAAUUGUAUAUAUGAUUAUUUAUAUAGAUUUUUUCGUUUCUAUGUUGGCUAUUAUUUUGUUCUCUUUUUUUUUUUUGGAAGGGCAAGACUGCUUUCUGUAAACUGGAAAACAACACCACUUUCCUCACCCUCAGUGCUGUCCAUGGCAAUCUGCACCCAAACGCAGUGGCUUUGGCCAAAUGUCUCCUCCAGCCCUGUGUUCUCUUCUGCAGCUCCUUGCCUCUCCCAGACCCACAUGGUUACUCCCAGUUUCAGCCUGCUCUGCACUGCCUGGUGCCUGGCCCUGCCGGGAGCUGCAGAACGGCUCCUGCUGCUGAAAGUGCAGUGCCCAGAGAGCACAGGGCAGGAGGAGCAGCAGCCCAGGCUGUAUCUGGAAAGCAGCAGCAGUGCUGCAGGCUGUGCUGGGAUGAGCUCACCUCCAGCUGCAGGACAGCUUGUGCCACCGGAGCCAUUUGGGAGGAUUUGCCUCUCCUGCUGUUCCUGGGCUCCUCCUGCUACCUUGCUGCAGCCCAAGGCCUCGGUGCAUGUCCUGCUGUAGCUCUGCGAGCUGCCCUAGCAGUGUUGGCUGCAGUUUGGAGCGCAGCCCGAGGCUCGGAUAGCACCAGGCCAUGGCUUGCUGCAGGGCCACGUGGCUCCCAGGGGCUCCAGCUGGCCUUGGAGCCAGGCGAGCAGCACAGAAAGGCCAUGUGCCCCAGGGUCAGCUGUGAAGGACAGCUUCAGCCCUCUCCUCCCCAGCUUUCUCCACCUAGUUUGGUCUCAGGAGGGGUAUCCUUUUUGCAGAGCAGAACUGUGUUUCCUCCCGAUGCUCCUCUCUGCAGAGCAGCGGUGCUGCAGGGCCCUGCUGUCCCCUUGUCCCCAGCCCAGCUUUUUUCCCUUCCAGCAUUACAAAGGCACUGAGGGGCUCUGAACCCUCUGGCAGAAGGGGUGCACGGUGCCGGGUGCUCAGCCAAAGCCACCAGGCUCAGAGCUUCCCCCUGGGGCUGUGCACCCCAUCUCUGUGCUGUCAGCUCUCCCCUUGCCGGUGGGCUUUUGGGAGGAACGCGGUGUUUGAAGGGCAUUUUGUACAAAGCAGCCGUUCCUUUGGUCUCACCAAGCCCUCCCAGAGGACGCUCAGUUGUUUACAUUGACUCCUGUACAAUAUCUCAGCCAUUGCCCCCCCUGCCCCACCUCUGCCCGUACUGUAAGCGUGAGCCUUGCACAGACGGAUAGCACCCGCGUCCACCUGGUUUUUACACUGUGUUCUGUUGCACUCUAUGGUGUGUGUGUGCGUGUGCGCGUGCGUCCCAUCCUUCCCAAAGCCAUCCCAUGUACAGACCCCCCCCUCGGCCCCAUCCUGGAGGUGACCCCCGGUGAAAGGGAACCUACGAGGCACCGUUGGGCCGCAGCACUGGGAUAGGGCUGCGCUCCCGGCCAUUUCUCACAGCACCAAGACCCGUGCUGGUGCCUUUCCAUCCCUGCCCUGACAUGCGGUGUCCGUGUGCUGGGGAUGGAGCACACGUUUGCCCCCCCCGGGUGUCCCUCGGUGCCUGGGAUCGUCCCUUUCCCCCACCUCCCCCCUAUACUCCUCUAAGAGACUUUAUGACCGAUGUGCUCCGCUGUUUUUAAAUGUGAACUCGUGCACUGAUGUGCAGAUUCAAUGUUCUUGUUACUGAAUGAAUAAAAGUUUUAUUUUGACGAUGA